AUGAUGCUUAACAUUAGACUAUCAUAUAGUUCUGCACCAUAUUCUCUUAUUAGGUUUAGAUUACCUGAAAACCUAUUCAGUGUGUUUGUUAGAAGAAUGGCUAGUGCUUUGGAACUCUGGUGUCUACCAAGCAUGGCACUGGGUAACAUCUUGGAUGUCGGUUACAAAACAAUAAUUUACAGCAACACCGAAAGCAAAUUCCUAGGCAACAAUGAUGAUAGACUAUCUAAGUUCAGAUAUAUCAUAUGUCCAUCUAUUGUCACUCAGUGGUUAAACUUCUUAACAUAUGUACUAUUAUUGGUUGUUUACUUGAUGGGUGGUGAUCAAGGACAUCUAACUACGUUCUACUUCGUUAUUGCAAUAUCUGGUGUUGUAUUUGGUAUCAACAUGACUCUGUUGUAUUCUGUAGACUUUCAUUAUCUACCUGUCUAUAUUGUUGGUGAAAACUCAUUUCCAGCUCUCACAUCACUUAUACACUAUUUGGCAACUCUCACGUUUGGUAACAGAAGGAAGUAUAAUAGUGACUUCCUACUUGUAGAGAUUGACAUAGUGGUGGCAAUAAUAAUCUCAUUUGUGGCAGCCAUGGUAUGGAGCAUAGGAUAUGGAUACUUUGCUGGUCAACUAAGUAAUCCUGCUAGUCCUGCAGAUACUGAUCUGAAGCACAUCUAUUCAUUUGGAUUCAUUGCUAAAUUUAGACCAGAACAGAUCUCACCUUUUCUAAUGAUAGUUGUUGGUAUGGGUCUGGUUUAUGCUAUUUAUCCAGGAAUAGCACCUGGUAUGAUUGUACCAUUCUAUCUUAUCGAUAAGAUUGAAAUGGUACUCCUAAUAGCCACCAUAUUUCCUCCGGUAAUUGUAGCUACCCUAAGGAGAACUGCAAGCAAAACAUCUAUUUGGAGUCAUUACCAAUCUCCAAUGUGCAAAUGGGGAUAUGAUGAAACAACACAGGAAGGUUCUGCUUGGAAGUGGAAGAAUACAGGCAAUACUACUGAUGAAAGUGGUGCUAAUCGUGCUUCUGCUAGUUUUGAUGCUUUCUUCUGGCAUGCCUUUGAUCUUCUGAUGGUUAUUAAAAUUUCACUAGCUGCCAUCUUUAUUUACUCUUUACAUUAUAGAGAAUCCAAUUUAUCCCGUUCUAUCAUUAAUCAACCGAAGAUGUCCACUUUCCUAUCCAUUGUAUUUUAUAUGUGUCAUGAGUGUUUACUUGCUAUAGGUUUUCCAGGUCUUGUAGGUGCUAAUGGUGGAGGAGACUACGUAUUGAUACCACAAUACAUAGGAGCGCUAUUUAUGAUAUUUUUGGCCUUCUACAGUGAAGGUUAUAUCAUUGAAUAUAAAAGUCAUGAUCCUGCUCAUUGGCCCAAAUAG